AAUUGCAGCUUUGGCGAGGUAUGUUUAGUCUUUGAUCAAAUAGAGAUGAGUUAAAUAGAGCUUAUAAAGCCUAAGCCAAAUUCUUGGAAUGUUUGUCUAUUGAUGUUUUUGUCUCCUUUUUUACGAGUACACUUGGGUGAACACAUUUUUCCCAACAAUCAGUUUGAGGAAAUGAAUUAGGAAGGCAGGAUGUUUUGAUGGCAGUUUAGGGGCCAUAUAAAUUAAUAUGUUACGGUUUAUCUAACCUUGAAGGGUAUUGGUAUACGGAUGCAUUUACUUCCGUGCUUGCAUGUUUUAAUAUUGAAAAUAGAUAAACCAUUACUUGAAUUCUUUGGGCCUGUAUUUUAUCAUGUCAUGGUUAUCGUGGAUGGUUAAUUGAUAUUUAGACAGAAUCCAAUAAUAUGGAUUUUAACAUUCAGGCAGUGAGCAUUCUUUUGACAUCUUUCCAUCCUUUCUCUUUUAGUAUAUUGGAGAUGUAUCUUAUUUGGAGUUUUAGAUGCUGUGAUUAGUGAGUUUUAUAUUUGUGCAGCCUUAUGCAGGAGCCUUUUUGUUCAAUACCAUUGAUAUGGAUUAUUCAAGAAGAUAGACUUUCAAGUCGCCUUCCAGUUUAUGAGCAAAUGGGUUGGGAGCAUCUUGUUUCUCAUUGGAGAAACGCUUUUAGCAGAGCCAGUGUUGUUGUGUUUCCAGAUUUUACUUAUCCGAUGUUAUAUAGUGGGCUUGAUACUGGAAACUUCUUUGUGAUUCCUGGAUCACCAGUAGAUGUGUGGGCUGCAGAAAGGUAUCGUGAGACCCAUGGAAAGGAUCAGCUAAGGGAACUUAGUGGAUUUGAUAAAUAUGAUAUGGUGGUUCUAGUUGUUGGGAGCUCAGUCUUCUAUGAUGACCUAUCUUGGGACUAUGCUGUUGCAAUGCAUUCCAUAGGGCCUCUGAUGACAAAAUAUGCAAGGAGGAAUGAUGCAACUGAGUCAUUUAAAUUUGUUUUCUUAUCCGGCAAUUCUACUGAUGGUUCAGACGACGCUUUACAGGAAGUUGCUUCACGUUUGGGACUUCAUCAAGGUUCCGUACGGCAUUAUGGCUUGAAUGGUGAUGUGAAUAGUGUGUUACUAAUGGCUGAUAUCAUCCUAUAUGGUUCUGCUCAGGAGGUGCAAGGUUUUCCUCCAUUAUUAAUCAGAGCAAUGACUUUUGAAAUUCCUGUUAUUGCACCUGAUUUUCCAGUGUUAAAAAAAUAUAUUGUGGAUGGAGUACAUGGGAUAUUUUUUCCCAAACAAAAUCCUGAAGCUUUGAUGACUGCUUUUUCACUUUUGAUUUCAAAUGGAAGACUUUCUAAAUUUGCUAAAGCAAUUGCAUCAUCUGGAAGGCGACUUGCAAAAAAUGUAUUAUCUUUGGAUUGCAUAACUGGCUAUGCAAGGCUUCUGGAGAAUGUACUCAGUUUUCCCUCAGAUGCUUUACUGCCUGGUCCUGUUUCUGAGAUUCAACAGGGGUCAUGGGAAUGGAAUUUAUUACAGAAUGAAAUAAACCUAGGCAUUAACUGGUUAAAAAUGGAUGGUGGUUUUUUCAACGGAAAAGUUUCUGUUGUUUAUGAUCUUGAGCAUGAGUUGGGAGGUCUUAAUUAUUCAACUAGUGUCUUUGAGAAUGAAACAGAGUUUUCAGAGCAAAAUGAAUUAACCCAAUUGGAUUGGGAUGUUUUGAGAGAGAUUGAAAUAUCCGAAGAGAAUGAAAUGUUUGAAACUGAAGAGGUUGAAGAGAGAAUGGAGAAAGAUGUUGGUGUAUGGGAUAAUAUAUAUCGUAGCGCUAGAAAAUCUGAGAAACUGAAGUUUGAAGUCAAUGAGAGGGAUGUAGGGGAGCUUGAGAGAACUGGACAACCUGUGUGCAUUUAUGAGAUAUACAAUGGUGCAGGAGUGUGGCCACUUUUGCACCAUGGCUCUCUCUAUCGUGGGUUAAGCCUUUCUAGAAGAGGACAGAGACAAAGUUCUGAUGAUGUGGAUGCAGUUGGUCGUUUGCCUCUUUUGAAUGACACAUAUUAUCAGGAGAUUCUCUGCGAAAUGGGAGGAAUGUUUGCUAUUGCAAAUAGGGUGGAUAACAUUCACAGGAGGCCUUGGAUUGGGUUUCAAUCAUGGCGUGCUGCUGGUAGGAAGGUAGCAUUGUCAACGAAAGCUGAAAAGGUUCUGGAACAGAGAAUGCAAGAGAAUUCCAGAGGAGAUGUAAUAUAUUUUUGGGGACAUUUAGACAUGGAUCGGAUUAUCAUAGGAAACAACAAUGCAAUUUCUUUUUGGUACAUGUGUGACAUCUUAAAUGGAGGCAAUUGCAGAACUGUUUUUCAAGAUGGCUUCCGCCAGAUGUAUGCAUUGCCCCCUGAUGUUGAAGCACUGCCCCCAAUGCCUGAAGAUGGUGGUUAUUGGUCAGCACUGCACAGCUGGGUGAUGCCAACCCCUUCUUUCUUAGAGUUCAUAAUGUUCUCUCGGAUGUUUGUUGAUUCCAUUGAUGCCCUGCGCAGAGACUCCAGUAAACAUGGCUUGUGCUUGUUAGGGUCUUCGGAGAUUGAGACGAAGCACUGCUACUGUCGAGUGUUGGAACUUCUAAUCAAUGUAUGGGCUUAUCAUAGUGCACGAAGGAUGGUAUACAUAAAUCCUAACACUGGUUCUACGGAAGAGCAGCACCCAAUUGAACAACGGAAGGGAUUUAUGUGGGUAAAAUACUUCAAUUUUUCACUGUUGAAGAGUAUGGACGAAGAUCUAGCCGAGGCUGCAGAUGAUGGUGAUCACCCAAGGGACAUGUGGUUGUGGCCAAUGACAGGUGAGGUACACUGGCACGGGGUUUUUGAAAGGGAGAGGGAAGAAAGGUACAGGCUAAAAAUGGAUAAAAAAAGAAAAACAAAAGAGAAAUUAUUUGAAAGAAUGAAGUAUGGUUACAAGCAGAAAUCACUUGGAAGAUAAGAAAUCUUCAAACUUGAAAUUUACGCCUCCAAACAAUUUGUGAAUCCGUUUUUGCUUCAGUCAGGAAAAUUGUCUUGCUAAUCGGAGAGGCUUUGGUUCUAACAUUGGCACAGAUCACAUCAUAGGGACAAUAUUGUUUCUUUCUACAUUAACUGAAUACGUAUACUCAACCCUCUGUCUCAUAAAAGGGCGAGACAGAGAGCAAAGGAGUGUUCCAUCUUCUGCUGUUAAUUAAUUUCCUGGCCUUUUUUCAUGGUCAAUUAUAGCAGCAUAGAAGAUACAGGUAGUUCCCCUUCGACGUGUACUCAUAGUCUAUACAAAUGCAUUCAUCAAUUACACUUCAUUUAGCUUAACUUUGUAUUCUUUCAUUAUUGUAUAUUUGGUAAAACAUUAGUGGCAAUUUUGAGUAGAAUAAUGGCUGGGUUUUACGUGAAUAGUUUGUAUUAUUAUUGAUUUUGUUGUUACUAUUAUUAUUUAUUAUUGAGAAACAAAAGGCAGAUAAUUUUUACUCGGGCAUAUAAACAUGCCAUACGUGUUUAUUUCUUCGGACCACUAGU